GGCUGAUUCCAAGUGAAAUUUAUCCACUAGAGACUAGGUCAGCUUCACAAAGUAUAACUGUAGCACUAGGAUUUUCUUCAUUUUUUCUGUAGCUCAAUCAUUUCUAGCUAUGCUCUGCCACUUCAAGUCUGGAAUUUUCUUGUUUUAUGGGGGUUGGAUCUGGGUAAUGACAGUGUUUGUGUACUUGACUACCUGAGAUAAAGAAUGUACCGCCUUGAAAAAGUGGGGUUCUCUAAAACUAGAAGGCCACCAAACUUGCACUUCAUUUGUAAUAUGGGGUACGAAGGGAAACCUUGGAGCAACGGUAAAUUUGUGUUCGUGUGACCUAUAGUAUAUGGGUAUUUGCAUUAGGGUAAACUGUUUACAUCACACCCUUGGGGUACGGCCCUUCCCCAGACCCUACAUAAACACAAAAUGCUUUGUACACUGAGCUGCUCUUUAUUCAUAAUCUAGCAUAUAAUAACUAAACCUUAAUCCUAACUAGUUGUUAUCAUCUAUAUGGAUCAUUUGCAUUCAUUUUGUUUUGUCCGCAUUGAUUCUGAGAGACAGUAGGUAUUAUUUUCAUUAACAAUUCAAAAAAUUUAUUGAUAAUCCGAUGUAUUAAUAAAAACAUGCAAACGGACAAAUUAAGUUAAGAGUAAUCUCUUUUUUCUGCGUUGUCCAAGUCUAUAUAGUUGUGAUGGUUUCUUCUUUGCAUUUAUUACAAGGAAAGGAAAAGAACAUAUAACUUGCCACUUUCUAGGAGGUGAACAGAUUUUGGGAGAAAUUUCAGAACUAUAUUAACUUAUUUGCCAAUACUAGCCAAACUACUGGAAGGAGUGAAUCCAUAUUGCAUCACAACAAGACAAGAAAGUCAAGAGCAUGACUAAUUCAACUCAGCAUUAAUCGUCAUAUGCCCGUAAAGUCCAACGAGUAGAUACCGCCUUCCAGUUGCAACCCAUUGACCUAUGUAAUUUAUGUACUGAUGUUGAUUUAUUAGCAGUCAUGACGGAAUUCUUCUUAUCUUAAACUCCUAUACAUUCAUGGUUCCUAAGUCUGAGCUCGCAAUCUUCACGCUUAAUCUCCUCUAGAUAGAAUUUAAAUUUGACGAGAAGAAAUGGCAGUUGGUAUUGUCCCAACUAGUGAGAAUUCUGCCAAAUACAAUGGCAGGAUUACAUGGUUUGUGGUGUUAUCAUCAAUGGUUGCUGCUACUGGAGGAAUCAUCUUUGGCUAUGAUAUUGGAAUUUCAGGUGGAGUAAUCUCUAUGGAGCCAUUUCUGAAGAAAUUCUUUCCAGAUGUGUAUAAUAAGAUGAAACAAGUCUCCAAAAUAAGCAACUACUGUAUAUUUGACAGCCAACUACUGACUUCUUUCACCUCCUCACUGUACAUUGCUGGCCUAAUUGCCUCCUUCUUUGCUUCACCUAUCACUCGGACAUUUGGCCGUAGACCAUCAAUUCUAAUAGGUGGAAUAGCAUUUCUCAUCGGUUCUGCCCUUGGAGGCGCAGCAACCAAUAUCUACAUGCUAUUACUUGGCCGCGUCCUGCUAGGAGUCGGGGUUGGUUUUGCAAACCAGGCAGUCCCUUUAUACCUCUCAGAAAUGGCACCUCCCAAGUACAGAGGAUCUUUCAAUAUUGCAUUCCAACUUUGUGUAGGAAUUGGAGUUCUAUCAGCUAGCCUUCUUAACUACGGCGUUGAAAAGAUUAAAGGCGGUUGGGGAUGGAGAAUUUCCUUGGCAAUGGCUGCAGCUCCUGCCUCAUUUCUAACAGUAGGAGCACUUUUUCUCCCGGAAACAGCAAACAGUCUAAUUCAACAUGGCAAAGAUCAUCAAAAAGCUAAGCAGAUUCUACAACGCGUAAGAGGUACACUCGAUGUCCAAACAGAACUAGAUGAUCUCAUCAAAGCAAGUGACAAGUCAAAAACAGUCAAGCACCCUUUCAAGCAAAUUAUUAAACGUAAAUACAGGCCUCAACUAGUUAUGUCAAUAGCAAUACCAUUUUUUCAGCAAGUGACAGGAAUCAAUGUGAUCUCGUUCUACGCUCCAAUUUUGUUCCAAACAAUAGGCCUAGGUGCAAGUGCAUCGCUUUUGUCUGCUGUAGUGACCGGGGUGGUAGGGACCAGCGCGACGUUUUUAGCGUUGUUGAUAGUUGACAAGGUCGGGCGAAGAGCUAUGUUCAGUUCCGGGGGAAUCACAAUGUUUAUAUCACAAAUGUUGAUAGGGGGAAUAAUGGCAGCUAAGUUAGGAGAUCAAGGAGCAUUGAGUAAAGGAUAUGGUCUAUUGGUUUUGAUCUUGAUAUGCAUUUAUGUUGCUGGUUUUAGCUUGUCUUGGGGUCCUUUAGGAUGGUUAGUUCCAAGUGAAAUCUUUCCAUUAGAAAUAAGGUCAGCAGCACAAAGUAUAACAGUGGCUGUUGGUUUAAUUUUCACUUUCAUUAUUGCUCAGACUUUCUUGGUUAUGCUCUGCCACCUCAAAUCUGGAAUUUUCUUCUUCUUUGGUGGAUGGGUUGCUAUUAUGACUGCAUUUGUGUACUUGUUAUUGCCAGAGACGAGGAAUUUGCCAAUUGAAAAUAUGGAAAAAAUUUGGAGGGAUCAUUGGUUUUGGAAUAGAUUUAUUUGUGAUGAACAAGACUACGAGAAGGGUGAGACUUAGCUAGACUGAACUAUUUUUACCUAUGUUGCUCGGACUCUUCAAAAAGGUUGCCGAGUGCGUGUUCGAUCCUUUAAAAAUACUGCACUUUUGGUGUGACAUUUUUAAAGAGUCCGAGCAACAUAAAUUUUCAUUGGCCUUCCAAUAUAAUACAAGUUUAAGAUACUCUUGUUGGCUAUGAAGUAAGUUGGCUUGUAAUUGAAAUAGAUGACAAUUUUGAUACUUCUUCGUCUAGAGGAAUUAUCUCUUUUUCACUUUGAUUUUUGUAGCUUUCUGUUAAUGUACUCAAUAGUAAUGGCACCUAUUAUUUCCCUCAUGAAA